UGUCGCCGCCCCGGUCCCCAUCCCUUUCUGCCAUGGUCAGGUCUGGUCAGAUCCAUCUCCCGCUCUCAACUCGCACUCCAUCGCCAGAGAGGAGAGUCGCCGCGUUGCCGCGUCGCCGUGUCAUCGAGCUGUCCGCCCUUCCUUUCCGUUGCACUGAAGGUGCGUGCGAGUGAGUUUCGGUCAUCAUGGAGUCGGUCAUCAUCGCUAUGGUCCAGCCGGCCCCGACCGCCGAGGCCGUCCCCGUCGCCUACGCCGACGUGCUGAAGCACCCCGAGCUGUACUACAAGGGCGCCGACAUCGUCUGGGUCAUGAUUUCGUCGGCCCUCGUCUUCAUCAUGAUCCCCUCGCUAUCCCUCAUCUACUCGGGCCUGGGCAACCGUUCCUUUGCCCUGACUCUCUUCCGCCUGCCCAUGAUCACAGCCGCCUUCGUCGGCCUGCAGUGGGUUCUCUGGGGCUAUCUGGUCACCUUCUCGGAAGGCUCCAUCUCGUCAAAUUGGUGGGGCGGAGAGAGCCGCGCCGGCGCCCUCAGACAUGUGCUCGCCGGGCCCGUCAGCGUCGGCGACGGUCCCGAUACUUCGGCCGUCAUUCCGGAGCUGCUGUUUUCGUUGUACGAGGGCAUGUUUGCCUCCUUCACAGCCGCAGUCGUGUGCGGUGGUACCAUGCACCGCGCCCGGCCUCGCCGCUUCAUAAUCUUCAUCAGCCUAUGGGCCCUGCUCGUCUACGACCCCGUAGCGCGCUGGUCGUGGAGCAGCAAGGGCUGGCUGAGGGAGCUCGGCAGUCUCGACUUUGCCGGCGGCACGCCGGUGCACAUCGUAAGCGGGACCACGGUCGCGGCUUUUGCCGUAUUUUGCUCCAUCGAGUCUCGCGGAAGCCUCUGGGCCUUCCUCGCCGAGGCCAAAAGGCGCGUCGGCCACAGGCUCAGCCACAUUUGGUAUGCCGUGUGGAGCGUUCUGCGCAUCCUCUUCUUGCUCUGCACCUGCGGCCGUGUCUACGUUCCCGAUGCCGACCCGCCCGCCGAGCACACGCCCCCUCACUCGGGUGGCAGCGGGCAGGAAAACUUCCCCUACAACAUCAACUUCGUCGUCCUCGGCACAGCGCUUCUGUGGUUCGGGUGGGCCGGCUUCAACGGCGGCUCUGCCCUGCAAGGCAAUCUCCGCGCCGUCUCGGCCUGGACUGCCACCCACGUCGCCGCGUGCUCGGGUGGCUCGGCCGGCAUGUUGUGGAUCUGGGUCAUGAAGGGUGUGCCCGACAACGAACCGCACUCGGACGGUACGCCCGACGAGGCCGAGCGCCACGAAACCAUGGCAAGACAGGCCUUUGACCGCCUCUCGGUGUGGUAUUUCUGUGACGGUGCCAUCGCUGGGCUCGUCGCCAUCACCCCCGCUGCCGGAUAUGUGAGACCCCCUGCUCUUCGUCUGUUUGGUGCUAGCCUUUUGUGCUCCUUUCUAACAGAGACUCAGGUCCCCGUCUGGAGUGCUCCAGUAUUCGGCUUCGUCGCUGCUCUAGCCGUCAACUUGCUCAAGAAGGAGACCGAGCUCUUCCUCCGCCACGACCCGCUCCAGAUAUUCGCCGUGCAUUCUGGCGGUGGUGUCGUUGGCAUGAUACUCACGGGUAUCUUCGCCGACCCGGGGUGGAUUGGUCUUGACGGCCACUCGACCAUGCCGCAUCCCGAAUACACCAAGGGACAGCGUGUCGGGAUCCAAAUAGCCGACGCCGUGUCCGGUCUGGGCUACACCUUCUUCAUGACGCUGGCGAUUCUGUAUUUCAUGAAGGUGGUCGCCUACGUGUUCAGCGGGUCGAGCUGGCGACGUACUGCCGUAUACAGCGACAAGAACCGGCUUGAGGACGAGUUCCAGGCCACGGUCCAGCAGCAGUGGCGCGGCGACCUCGAUCUCGAGGGCCGCGCUUUUCCCAAGGCCUUGCUACCUCCGCCGGCGCCCCCAGAGCGGCCGCCGCGCCCCGAUGACAUGUACAUGGAGCACCUCGCGCCGAGGGGUCUGCCGAGUCCGCCGCACAGUGCGAGUUCCAUUGCGAGUCGAGGGUUACCGAUGCGUGUAUAGUAGUUGGUGAUGUGAUCUAAUUGUUUCUAAUACAUAUUUUAGUCAGGCACUAGUGC